AUGAUAAAUUAAUUGUCUGGUAAUUCAAUGGCGCUAAUUUAUCUAUUUAUCGAACCUAUUAAGGACAUAAAUUAGAAAUCACUGCAUUAUGUUGGUCUCCUGAUGAUUCAAGAAUAGCUACUGCAUCAUUAGAUGGAAAUAUCUUUAUUUAUCAUAUUAAAUAAGAUGGAAUUUAACAUAAAAUUGAUUGUGGUUAAAAAACAGUUGGAAUUUGUUGGGAUCCAUUUGAUAAGUAUAUUGUUUCCUUAAAAUUUGACAAUACAGUAUUGAAACAUUAUAUAUAAGGUCAAUUUUUAUAAAAUUGAUAAUUGGAAAUAAGAAAUCUCAAUUUCCCUUUAAAUAUAAGGUAAAUAAUGUACAACCAAAAGAGAAGAUAGAAAAUUAGAUUGGAGUGUUGAUUGUAGAUAUUUAGCUAUACCAAAUUUAGAUGAUAAAGUAUUUAUUUUAUAAUUAAUAGACAAUUCCAACUGUAGCUAUUUUAGAUAGAAAUUAAAAUUUUUAAGUUAUUAGAACCAUAGUAGGUCCAUUUUCAUCAAUUAAUGUAGUUAGAUUCUCAUCUAUGUUAUUUAAAAAUUCUAAUACUAAUGAAUAUUUUAGUGUUUUUGCUAUUGGAGAUAAUGAUGGUACAUAAGAUAAUUAUUUAUUUUAGAUGAGUUUAGGUUAGGUUUUAAGUGAAAAUGAAAAGUAAUAAUAAAUUAAGAAUCUUUAUGGAGAUCUUAAAAAUACUGUCAAAUAGAUUAGGUUUUAUUAACCUAAAAUUAAUGAAAAUUUAAAGUUUGCAGAUAUGUAAAUAGAACAAAUACAUAAUUAGGAUGAAUUCAAAAAUCAAAUAUCUGAUAGUACUAUAUAUUAAAGAGAAAUUCCAAAACAAACACACACUUAAUUUAAAUAAAUUAUUGUUGAUGGAAAGAAAAAAUUAAUUCCUUUAGAAAUUAAUUAAUAAGAACCUAUUGUUAAAAAGAUUGAAUAAUAAUAACCUUUAUUAAUUAUUUAAUAAUAUGAAGUGUUACCUAAAAGUUAUUCUUUUUAAAUGAAUAAAAAAACUCUAUUAUUGGAAGUCCAAAAAUAGUAAUAAAAAAUAUUCAAUUAAACUAUCUAUGGAACUUUGAUUAGAUUUAUUGAGAAUAAUACACCAAAAUGGAUUGAUUAUGUAGAGGGUUAAGUAAAAACAAUUCAAUAUAAUGAUGAUCUUAUAGUAAUUUAUACAGAUUAAGCCUUACUUUAUAUUGAGAAUCAUAAAGGAAUAAGAUAAGAAGCACCCUUCAUUUUACCAUUUUUGAGUUAAAUUGUUUUGAGUUCUUAAAAUCAUAUUCUAUGUCUACAAAAUACUGGAGAAUUUAAAGUAAUUGAUUUAAAAUAAUAAAUAAUAUCUUAUGAGGGAGAUAUUAAAAUACUUAUGUAACAUGUAUAUGAAUGGAUGAAUAAAAAGCAAUUACUUAAUGAAGAUGAGAAGAAAGGUAAAUAAAGUAUUGAUCCAUUGAUCAAAGCAAAUCUUAAAAUAGACACAGAAGGUUAUCCUUUGGUAGAAUUUCUUUUUAAAGAUUAUUGUGUUUAUACUUAUCAAAAGUAAUUAAGAUAAUGGACAAAAACUAAAUAAAUUGAUGUGAAGUAAUUAUCAUAUAUAUAAUAUUAAUUAGCAAUCAAAAUAAUGAUAUAAAGAAUCUAAAAAAAUUUAAUUUUAAUUAAUACUAAACUCCUCUGUAUAAUGACGCUCAGAUCUAUAAGAGAUUAAUCUAAAAAACUAAUAUUGGUGAUUCAAUAAAUGAUAUAUAAUAAAUAUCUAAAUUGGAAGAAUAAUUAAAAAUAUUUUUAUCUAAUGGAGAUAUUAAAAUAUAUGAAAAAACAUUAUAUACUUAUAUAAAGAAAGUAAUUAGAGAAUUUAAACAAAAUAGUUAUGUGAUACUUGGCCUAAUAAUCAAGAGAAAUUAUCAAAUAUAAUUGAAACAAUGAUUACUAAUUAAAAUUCAGCUGAAUAUAAAUAUUUAAGUGAAAGAGUGUAAGAUAUGGAGGAACUAAAAAAAAUAAUAAUAUAUAUUCUUCAACAAUUUCCAUAAACUAGAGAUCUAAUAUUGUGUCUUUUUCCAGAUCAUUUCUGA